AUGCUCAAGCAAAUUAAUAGCCGCAAAAUGCUGCUACGGAUAAGAACAUUCUCUUUAGCAAAAUUCGUUAGCACUUGGUCUCCGCUCACCACUGCGUUCAAUACUCGUCCCGAGAAGCGGAUAAAUUUCACUAAAAAUGAAGUGGGACUUUUUGGGAUACCCGAGCUAACGUCUCACGAAGGAUUCUACGUACUGAAGGAAAAGGCUUUGCUUCGGACUGACAAUCUUAUCGAAGAAGCAACUUCACUAAAUCGUACGAGGAAAAUGGUAGUAAUCUUUGACGAGCUUUCAGACACCUUGUGUAAAGUAGCAGACCUCUCGGAGUUUAUUCGUUUGGCACACCCAGCUGCCAAUUACUGUACUGCAGCUGAAGAUGCUUGCAUAACAAUCAGUGGUAUCGUAGAGAAAUUAAAUACACACAAGAAACUGUACCACUCUCUAAGGCAAGUUGUCGACAAUGGUGAUGGGGAUAACGUGUUUCAAGAGACCACCGACGUUGACCGGCACGUUGCUGGGCUGUUUCUGUUUGAUUUUGAACAAAGUGGCAUUCACUUGGAAGAAGCCGCGCGAAAGCGAGUGGUCUAUUUGAAUGAUUGUAUUCUCCAGCUUGGGCAACAGUUUAUGGCCGGAGCGGUACAUCCUCGGCGCAUUCCGCGUACCAUCCUACCUGAAGCCAUUUUGCCUAUCUUUGCAUCUGAUGGGGAAAACGUACUCGUAUCUGGAUUGUAUGCAGAUUCUGCUAACGAUAUGGCUCGUGAAGCGGCAUAUAGGCUUUUCUUGCAUCCUGACGAGCGACAGGAGCAUCUUCUUGCGGAAUUGCUGAAAUCUCGCUAUCAACUCGCAACGGUUUGCGGAUUUUCAACAUAUGCGCACCGUGCACUAAAAGCAAGCACUGCGGAAACACCCGAAAUGGUGGGCUCAUUUUUGGAUGCCUUGAACGAACAGUUACAACCACGCGCGGCCAAAGAUUUUGCCAUUAUGCAACAAAUGAAAAUGGCAGAAUCUGGUUCCGGCGGUGGUGCUCCACUAGCUGCAUGGGAUACACCUUAUUUCACCUGCUCCCUGAAGCGUAAAUUUUUGCGAGCAGGCGCAUCCGAGUUUUCACCUUACUUUAGUCUAGGAGCAUGCAUGGAAGGAUUAAAUCUGCUGAUGAGCAGCUUGUUUGGAAUCACGCUAAAUAACACCACAAUGGAGCCAGGAGAAUCUUGGCACCAUGACAUUUACAAGUUAGCCGUUACACACGAGACCGAGGGCUUGCUGGGUUACAUUUACUGUGAUUUUUUCGAGCGUCAGGGAAAGCCGAACCAAGACUGCCAUUUCACCAUACAAGGUGGCAAAGCGUUACCAAAUGGAGCGGGCUUUCAAAAUCCCAUCGUUGUCGUCAUGCUAAAUCUUGCACAACCGCGAUGGUCUGGUCCAACUCUGUUAACACCAUCGAUGGUCGAUAAUCUGUUCCACGAGAUGGGGCACGCUAUGCAUUCGAUGUUAGCUAGGACCGAAUAUCAACAUGUAACCGGCACCAGGUGCAGCACCGAUUUUGCCGAAGUUCCUUCGGUACUGAUGGAAUAUUUCGCCAGUGAUCCGCGAGUGCUUCGGUCUUUUGCGAAGCAUUUUCAAACACAAGAACCCAUGCCUCAAGAUAUGUUGGAGCGACUUUGCGCAUCAAAACAUUUGUUUGCUGCUAGUGAAACACAAUUGCAAGUAUUUUACUCUGCUCUCGAUCAAGCGUAUCACGGCGAGGGCGGAGGAGUGCAUCAGCACACUACCGACACGCUUCAGGCAAUCCAGGCCAAGUACUAUGGUCUGCCUUACGUCCCGCGUACUGCUUGGCAACUGCGUUUUUCUCACUUAGUUGGGUAUGGGGCAAAGUAUUACUCAUAUCUCAUGUCGAGGGCGAUUGCUUCGUGGAUAUGGGACGCGUAUUUUCAGCGAGAUCCAUUCAGCCGAUCCCAGGGGGAGAAGUAUCGCCGUGGUUGUUUGGCCUACGGUGGUGGUAUUCCCAGCCGGUUGCUGGUGUCAAAUUUUUUGGGAAAGGAUAUAACUCCGAACAACUUAACUACGAGCCUCAUUAACGAAAUAGAUUCGUACAGCGAGCGUUUGCAGUGCAUGGACGAUUUGAUGCAAUAG